UAAUCUUUCUUUUUCUCACAAGUAUUUGCCUUAUCAGAUAAUGAAAAUGGACCAAUCACAUUAACACGACUCAUGCCCAGAAUAAACUAAGAAGAGGGAGAAGGAGAGAGCCAACCAGCCAGUUAGGGUUUUCUGGUUUUAACCAUGUCUAUGAGAAGUAAACAAUCUCAACAGAAGAAGUUGUCUUUCCUAUCAAAUGCUCUUGUUUUACUAUCAUUCUGUUCUGCCGCUUGUUCUAUACAUGCAGCUAACUUGUUACUACCGUCUGAUGCAAAAUCGCUUUUAGCAUUCAAAUCCACAGCCGAUUUGAGGAACAGCCUUUCAUUUUCUCAAAACUCAACCCUCCCUUUCUGUCUGUGGCAAGGAGUCAUAUGUUAUCAACAAAAGGUAGUUCGCCUGGUUCUCGAAAGCUUAGAUCUUGGUGGCGUUUUCCCACCCGACUCAUUGUCUAAACUUGACCAGCUCCGAGUCUUGAGCCUACAGAACAACUCACUCACUGGACCCAUUCCUGAUCUUUCCAGGCUUAUCAAUCUCAAAUCUCUCUUUCUUGAUCAUAAUUUCUUCACUGGUACUUUUCCUCCAUCAAUCUCGUUCCUUUAUCGCCUAAAAACCUUGGAUUUGUCUCGCAACAACCUCACUGGACAAAUACCAAAAGGCUUAACUUCCCUUGACCGGUUGUAUUCUCUGCGUCUUGAUUUGAACCGGCUUAACGGUUCGAUUCCUCCUCUGAAUCAGUCCUCCCUUCAAACAUUCAAUGUUUCAGGAAACAACCUGACUGGGGCCAUACCAGUAACAUCAACAUUAUCACGUUUUGGUAUCUCCUCGUUUUUAUUUAACCCUGGGUUAUGUGGCGAAAUCAUACACAAAGAUUGCCGGCCAAGCCCGUCCUUUUUUGGUCCAUCGACGGCUGUGACGGCGGCACCCCCUCCGGCUAUUGUUAUUGGGCAAACUGCACAAAUACGCGGCGUUGAGUGCACUCAAUCCAGGCCAACGAAGCACAAGAGAACCGCAGUGAUUAUUGGUUUUUCAACCGGGGUUUUUGUUUUAAUAGCUUCACUCCUGUGCUUUGUAAUGGCCGUGAAGAAACAGAAUCAGAAAAACUCUAGCAAAUCAACAGCUAUGAUGGCUUCUGAUGAUGCUGUGGCAACUGCUCAAGCAGCAGCUAUGAUUCAGAUUGAACAAGAGAAUGAGUUGGAAGAGAAGGUGAAGAGAGUUAAAGGAAUGCAAGUGGCAAAGAGUGGAAAUUUAGUAUUCUGUGUGGGUGAGGCGCACUUGUAUACGCUGGACCAGCUGAUGAGAGGCUCUGCUGAGUUGCUAGGUAGGGGAACGAUGGGGACCACUUACAAAGCAGUAUUGGAUAACCGUCUGAUUGUUUGUGUGAAGAGGCUUGAUGGUAGUAAACUAGCAAAUACAAGCAAAGAAAUGUAUGAGGAGCACAUGGAAUCAGUGGGUGGACUGAGGCAUCCAAAUCUUGUUCCUCUCAGGGCAUACUUUCAGGCCAAGGAAGAGAGGCUGCUUAUAUAUGAUUAUCAGCCCAAUGGCAGCCUCUUCUCCCUCAUACACGGAUCAAGAUCAACAAGAGCAAAAUCACUUCAUUGGACUUCAUGCCUAAAAAUAGCAGAGGAUGUAGCACAAGGACUCUGUUAUAUCCACCAAGCAUGGAGGCUAGUCCAUGGCAACCUCAAGUCCUCAAACGUUCUUCUUGGUCCUGAUUUCGAGGCCUGUCUUGCUGACUAUUGCCUUCAAGCUUUAUCCAAUUCAACUCCAGAAGAUGACCCAGCUAACCUACCAUAUAAAGCCCCUGAAACCCGCAUUAAUGCAAGUCAACAAGUGACUGCAAAGGCAGAUGUUUAUGCAUUUGGGGUUUUGUUGGUAGAACUUUUAACAGGAAAACCACCAUCGCAGCACCCAUCUCUGAUGCCUGAUGAUAUGAUGAACUGGGUUAGAUCACAAAGGGAAGACGAAAGUGAAGAAAAUGAUAGGUUAGGUAUGCUUAUGGAGGUGGCCGUCGGUUGUAUAUUAACAUCCCCGGAGCAAAGGCCCACUAUGUGGCAAGUGUUGAAGAUGUUACAGCAGGUUAAAGAGGCUGUGUUAACGGAAGAUGGUGAAUUGGACCCACAAACUACUGGAAUGGCCUAGUUAUUAUUUUUGUAGAACACCCUUGUCCAUAGCAAAUGCAUCAAGAAGAAGACAGAGCAGAUGAAAAAUCAAGUGGGACCUACUUUUAGUUGCUAUAAUUCCGACAUUAUUAUUUUGAUUACUACUUUCAUUAUCUUCUUGGUGUGGUUUUCUACAAUUCUGAUGGUGGGUGCCCAUCCCUUAUUAGCUUUGUUAUUUUGGUGCGACAUCUCCCAACAUAAUCGAUACAGAAUUAACCAUGGAAA